AUUAAGUACUUAUAUGAUAAAGCAACCAAUUCAUAUCAGUUCGGUGAUACACUUUGUGCCGUGAACGUGCCGUGAAGAUUUUUGUUUAGUGCAUGUGUACGUAAAACGAAAUAUAAACAAAAUAUAUAGUGGUUAUUUUUAUUAAAUUAAAAAGACUCAAGGCUGAAUACACCGUCAAAGAUGAGUUCAAGCGAUUUUAGGAUAGAACGCAACGUCGAGUUGUCACCUGAAACUAAGGAGAUUGCGGAACGGGAGUUGAGGGAGACACCAGAGCGAAUGAGGGAAGCUAUCGAGCGUCUCCGCGAACUCCUCAAGGAGAAUGACGACUUGUACUUCAGUGAUGAUGACGAGAUCUUAACUAUUUUUCUUCGUCCAUGCAAAUGGUAUCCGGAAAGUGCAUUAGCUCUGAUGCGACGCUUAGCAGAAUUCAGACGUGACAAUGCAGCUUUACUGGACGAUCUAGUGCCUGAACAUGAGGAGGAGGCCUUCCUGCGGCAUAAAAUGGCCAAUGUUAUGAAGGGUCGUGACCACAAAGGAAGAAGGGUCCUCAUAGUCAGUGUUGGUGGUACGUGGGACCCCAAGAAAGUCAGUGCUGAUCAACUAUUCCGCUUAUUCUACCUAAUACACGUAGCGUCGUUGUUGGAACCAGAGUCACAAGUUCGAGGUUGUGUCGUCAUCAUGGAUUACAAAGACAUGGGUAUGGCACAGGUACGAGCGAUGUCUCCUUCGUUCUCUAAGAGGCUGCUGACGUUCAUACAAGAUGCAAUGCCGAUGCGCCUAAAGGAGGUGCACUUUGUCAACCAGCCGUACGUGUUCAACCUUGUUUGGGCGCUGUUCAAGCCAUUUAUCAGGGAGAAACUUAAGAACAGAAUCUUCUUCCACGGUACAAAGAUGUCCUCACUCCAUAAGCACUUAGCUCCCAGUCACCUGCCCGCGGACUAUGGUGGUGAAUUACCCGCCAUCGACUAUUCCGGCGCAGACUGGUAUCCCGCCCUCAAUGAUGCCAUACAGCAUAUAAACAACUGGAACACUUAUGGCUUUAGAAAAUAACUAUAGAAAUAAAUAACGGGAAGUUGAUAUUUAUACUAAAAAUGCCAAUGUAUUUGUAUGUUAAAAUUAAUUAUUUCAAAUGAAGAUCGAUUUAUUUGUCAUUAUCUGAAAUAGGUUUACUGACAGGUAUAUUUUACGAAGACAUACUAUACCGAUGUAAAAUUGUGACUUUAUUAUGAAUCUCAUUUCAAUAAUCAUAUCUAUCUAUCUAUAGUCAUAAUUAAAAAUAAAUACACAACUGAUUAAUGCUCCAAUUAAUAAUUAUGGUAGGUACCUAAUUAGUGUAAAAUAUGUUUAUAUGAGACUAGUGCAAAGAGAAAACUGAUAUUGAUACAUAUUAGCUUGAGUUGGGUGAAGGUCUAGGAAAACAGACGAGCAAUUGUUUACGGCUAAGCUAUGCGGUUUUAUUCGAAUAUUUAAUGUUUAUAAUUACUUAGUCAGCGAGUAAGAGGCGACUAAAGAAAUUUAACGGUGGAGGAAUGGAACAGUAACAUCUUUUGAACAUCUCUAAAAGCCUAACUGCGAUUGCCAACCCGCCUGCCAAGCGUGGCAACUACUGGUAAAACUCCCCGUAUGGUGGAGGCUUAUCAGCAGUGGACAGUUAACGGCUGAAAUUACGAUGAUGAUAAUUAUUUAAUUCGAAUUCGAAUACGUGUUUUUUGAAGUCCAUAUAAUUUUCAAGCAAUUUUAAGUGAAAAGAUUAGCUCGUCAGUUCAUAUCACAAGCGCCGAUCCAUCACCGACCUUAUCAUUAAAAUUAUAAUAAACUCGUCGGAUGAGUAUUAAAAAAACAGUAUAAAUAAAAAGACAUAUAGUAUUAUCUGUAGUAGUACGUAAACUAAUCUAUAAUAAUAAUUAUUAGAUUAGAUAAUUUAUAAGAAACCUCAAUUAAUUAAGAUGUAUAAUUUUCUAAAAUAUUUUGUUAUUUUGUUCCUUAAAUGCAUUAGGUACCUACGUAAUUAAAGAAAAUAAAGACUUAUCACUGAGAGGCAGCAUUAAUUUAAUUUAGCAAUGUUAAAUAUUAGAAAGUAUGAAAAAUCAAUAUUUUUAUUAGAUAAGAGAUCCAGUCGUCUCUGAGUAAACCGUAAUUAAUUUUAAAACGUUAAAUACCUAUUCAUUAUUUUCUAUAAAUUGUAUAAAUUCAGAAUUUAAAGACAAAUGAGAUAAACUACCAAUAAGAUUACACCAAUUUGAUUAUGUCUAUAUAUAAUUAUAUAGAUAUAUAUGACUUUAUGACUGCAUAUAUGUUGCAUUACGUAUAAUAAUCGACAACCCUGUAUAUUAUUAUUUAUAAAAUAUUUUACGUGAUGUGAGUUUAAAUGACAUAAGCACGAGCUAUGCAUACUAUUAAAAUUAAUUUAGUCGCAUACUAUAUAAACAUAGUAAACGUAGUUGGGUCUUUUGUAUAUUUUCGAGUUUUUUUUUAUAUUAUUCUUAUUUUUAUAUUAUAUAUAUAUUUUAUAUAUAUUAUAAUUUUUAUUUAUAUAUAUUCAUUUAAUAUUAUAAGAUCAGUAUGUAGCGAUAACAUAAUUACGCAGAUUAUUUUUUUUAUCCAUUGCGAAACUUUUAUAUAUAAUUUUCAUUAUUUUUAUAUAACAUGCAUAAUACUUUGCAAAACUAAAAUAUGAUAUUUAUAACAAUUUUAUACUUAUAUAUUUAAAUAUAUUUAUAUAAUUAUAAUAGUAAAUCAUUUAUUAUUGUUUUUAACAUAUUUAAGACUUAGGCUUUUUUAUAUAUCGUUACCUAAUGAUUUUUUUCAUGAAUAUAUUUUAUUUCACAUUAUGAUUGUUUACGUGUACUUGUAAAAGAUAAAAAACUCGUUAAUAUUUAUAAUAUGUUUUAAAUGGGAAGCUUUUACAUAGAUUAUAGAUGUAACUCAUGUUAGUAAGUCGUAAUUAAUUUAUGUAAUAUACCAAAUAGAUAUAUUUAAGAAGACCGGCGAAUGUUCAACUAAAUAAGUUUAAAUUUAUAUUUUUUUAUAAUAGUAUAGUAGUCAUUAUUUUUUUAUGGGAAAUAUCAGGGACUAUUGUAGCAUUGAAAGUAUAUACCAAUCGAAUUAAUGUCAUGCAUUUUAUAAAAAAAAAUUCUUUUUAUAUAAGUAUCUAUAAUCAUCAAUAAUUGUCAUAUUAUAUCGCUGUAGUAAUCGAGGCUGUGAAUGUUAUCUUAAUGUUUAAAAAUCCCGUGUCACGAUGUUCGUUCACGCUAAUUUCCAAAAUAGUACAAUUGAUUUUAGUUAAAUUUUGUAAAUGUGUAUUCUUUGUUACAACUUGAGAUUUAGUUAUUAUUCCAUUUUGGAAAUUAUUCAAAAUUUUGUGAUAAAAUUUAACAUCGUUGAUGUAUCAACGUCAGGAACCUGUAUAUGUAAAUGAUGUCGGUCGGUAUUUUGGCGUGCAGUUCGGUAAGUAUCAAAGGGACUUUUUGGUAUAUCCCAACUACAAUUCCGAUUACCGGCCAUGGGAUUUAAUAUCAAUCUUCUAACGUCGUAACUCGGGAUAAUAUUGGAUUUUUCACUUUUAUGUUUGAUUAAUGUAAUAAUAAAGAUUGCAUUUGGACAAACGAUCGAUUGAGAUAAGAAUAAGAUCAAAAAUGUAUGAUUUUAAAUAAGUGACAAUUAAUAUUAAGAACGUUUGUGCCUGGUGAAAGACCUAGCUAAUAUUUUAGGAUAUUAUUAUAUAGAUAUAAAACUCUCUAUGUGCCUUAUUGUGUUGAUUGAAAGUUUGUUGUUUAAGGGUCCAAUCUCAUCAAAUUUCAAUAAUGAUGUGCAUUCCAUUUUAAUGGCAGUAAUUUUACUUUGCUCAAGUAGUAAUUAAUGUGAAUGUUAAAAAUUUGGUUACAAUAAAAAUUAAAGGUCAUUGGUUUAUAAA